UCCACCCCGCCCAUCUAGUGACAUGCGUGCUUGGUCAAUGUAUUUCUGGAUAGCUAACUGGUCAUCUGAGUCAGAGACAGCAUCGAAUGGAGCAAUAAUACUGAGCCAGUUGUGGUGGAUGGUCUUUACAGAGCAUCCACUCACCUACAGCCUUUCUGAAGUCAGCAUGGAAACUGGCUCUAAACGAAAGUUUUGCUGAUGACAUGCACUCAGAUAAAUCUAUAAUACUGUCUUUGUGAUUAUGGUGAUGAGGUGUCAAAGUGCUAUGGUCCUCCUUUGUGCUGAUGGUGGGAGUGAGGGAUGGAAGCAUCUGUCUCAUUCACCCACAGCUCAUCAUAGUAUUAGCACCAUGGUUAUAAUAAUGUUCACACCAUGAUCAGCAUCCGCUGCACCUUGUUGUAGCAUGGAAGAGUAUAAAAGGAAGGCCAGAGGACUAGCCCUCAUCAGGAAAUCCAGCGGCCAUGGCAACAGGAGCGGCUAGAGGUGGAGGAGGAUGGAGAGGAGGAAGAGGAAGAGGAAACGGCAGAUCCAACGACAGACACACAAGAAACGGAGUGGGUUAUCUCAUGGACUACUUUGUGAGAAAAGACAGAGAAGAGGAGAACCAGAGGAAGAGAAAACAAAGACAAAGGAGAAGAAGAAGAGAAGAACUGGAGAGGUGCUUGAGGGACGGUGAGAUGGAGAGGGCGAGGGAAAUUGCGAAACAAAUGCAAGGUUGGGAGUUGGUGGGUCUUGAAGAAGCCCUGAGAACAAUGAAAAUCACAGGUGCUACUCCAACUCCCAACCCCCGCUCUCCCUCCCCUCCCCCCAAAGAGGGAGAAUCAUCUAGCACUCCACCUCCAACU